AUGUCCUUCAAUAAUCUUGCCUUCAAUGUGUCAAAGUCAACUCCCACAACUUCAACCAGCAAUACAAACACCACAUUUUCAAAGUCAGUUACAUCUUCGUCAAAGGGUAGUAAUAGUAAUGCUACCGAACCCAUAAAUCUACAGCCUUCCUCCUCCUCCUCAGCCGAAAGUAACAACGAUUUGGCAAAAGUUCUGUCGCUGGCGGAUGCAACCGCAAGUCCACAGAAGUCGCCAAUCCACAAAGCCACUCCACUGCAUUCCACAACUGCCCAAGCUGACUCAGACAACCAGACAGUUGACCAUUUGCCAUUCAUAGCUUCACCGCCAAGCACAAAAUUAGGUCUUAGUCCAACGCUUACUGCACCAGCAGUUGUUACCAUUGACAAUGAAGCAAAGAAUGUUCACACAAAAGGUAAGUCAAAGACAGAUUUGAUCGGGUUGUUUGACAAAUUCGACAUCAAGGGUGAACGUGGGUCCCAUUCGAGUUCUGGUGAUAAACCAGAGACCUCAAAUGAUUUAAUCGAUUUGAAUAAAGACGAGAUUAGUGCGGAAAAGAGAACAGUCGAGGAAGAACACGACACUGAACACAAAUUAGAGAAAAUGGAACUGGACGAUGGCGAUACUAGUAAAGAGACAGCAUCCGUGACUGAAAAGGAUAAAGAUGGGCCAACAUUGACUGUGGAAAAGAUGAGCAAUACCGCUCAUUUGAUGAUGACCAUACAACCAUAUUUUCCUCCGGAGGAAGCGUCUCUGUCAGUUGUUUCGAAUAGCCAAGACCCUUCAAUGGAAGAAGGUAAACUGCAACAAGCUGAACCCAUCAGGGAGGAAAAGGAUAAACUAGAAACAUCCAAUCCCGUAGAGCCUAUGAAAGAGGAGGAUGAAGAAGAAAAAGAACAAUCUGAUCACGAGCAAGUAAGCGACGUGGACAAGCUGUUUAUCAAUGAUCAAUUAGUGGACAUGGGCUCAGGCACAACCGAGGAAUAUCAUGACAAACUCAAUUCUGAUGUUGAAUCCCGAGGUGACCGGUCAUUGGUUGACGAGGAUGAGAAUGAUCGUAAUAGUAGAGCAGGAAGUGAUUCAGUUCUGUACGCAUCAUCAACAUCCCAAUUGCCGUCGGUGGCCACAUCGCCAUCAAAAACACCCUUGGGUGAUAUCACUGGAAGUGAAACCGAAUGCAAAGGAAUUGAUGAUAUAAAGAUCGAUACUAAAGACAUAGGUUCUUCCCAGCCCGACAGCCCCGUGGGGAAGACGCACCUAAACAUCAAAUACAAGGUAAAUCCAACAGAACAACACCAAGAGUCGCACAAAUCCUUUGAUUUCCAAACGUUUUUGCUCCAGAUACGAAAAAAGUCAGCAGAUCCAAUUGUUCGAUAUUUGAGGUCAUUUCUUGGCUCUUAUAUCAAGCAAGUGAACUCGUUUUCUGCUGAGCAGAGAAUUUCAAUCAUUGAGGAUUUCAAAGGUUUCAUACAUGAAAAGUUUAAGCUCUAUGAGCCGUUUGCUUCCAUGGAUAGUAUAGACUUGGAAAAUUCACGUGAAGGUUUGGAAAAGCUAUUGAUGAACCGACUUUAUGAUUUGUGUUUCCCUCCAGAAGUUUUGAAGAAUGUUUCGCCAGUUUAUAUACCGGGGUCUUAUACUGACGAUUUGAUUCAAGAUAAAAACUUUUCUAUGCAGUUGGAGAAGUACAGUUGGGUAAAUGGAUCGCAUUUUGAUAUUGACAUGACUCACUUAAGUUCUGUGAGUUUAAAAGAUGGUCAAGACUUUUUGGAUUACGCAACUACAAAAUUGAACAAGAUCAACAACUAUAGGGCCCCAAGGGAUAAAAUAAUUUGCAUUUUGAAUUCAUGUAAAAUAAUUUUCAGUUAUUUAAAGAUUAGUCAUAAGGAAACUAAUGCAGAUUCAUUUAUUCCCUUGUUGAUUCUAGUCAUUAUCAAAGCAAAGACGGAGCAUUUGAUAAGCAACAUUCAUUACAUUGAAAGCUUUCGAAGUAAAGAGUGGCUCUCGCAUGGAGAAACAAGCUACUACCUCUCUUCGAUUGAAGGAGCAAUUAGCUUUAUUCAAAACAUGACUAAAGAUGAUUUAACAAUAAGCGAUGAAGAGUACGAGGCACAUAUGGAAGCAUGGGAAGCUCAGAAUAAACUUAAAGAAGAACAAAAGAGGCAAGAAAUGGAAAAACUUCAAAAGAUCGAAUUAAAGCGUCAGGAGUUACAACAGCAACGUGAAAAUUCGGAGCAGAGACCACCUACCCCGAAACGAAAACUAUCACAGCCACAACCGCGACAUGUUCAGACUGGCCCUUUGAAUAUCGAGGAAUCAUCCCAUACUGGAGCCGCCAACUUGUCUCCAUCCAAUGUUUUGUUCUCAAGUGCGGAGUUGUUGACUAAAUCAAUUUCUCAAUUUUUAUCACCGCUGCCCCAAAACACAAAUACACAUGAGACAAAUACACGCAGUGGAAGGGAGGGAGCACCAUCUCCCGUUAGCUCCCCCCCACCUCCUGCGUUGCCUCCAAGAAAAUCACUGCGCGCUUCCUCCCAUCCUGUUAGUAAUGAACGGCACCGUUCUAACAAUCAAUAUCAACCUGAGGCCCCUAUGGAAGAUGAGAUUGACUCGGAGCAAAUGAAAGCUGCAUAUGAUAUCCUCAAAGACGUUUUCCCUACUUUGGAUACUAACAUUUUGAAGGAUAUUAUAUUCUUGAACAAGGGUGACGUUGACGUAUGUAUUGACGCAUGCCUACCUUUAGUGGAGGAUGAAUAA